AUGUCGAGUAAACAGCCAUUCAUCAGAGUGAUUCCACUUGGAGCCGGUCAGGAUGUUGGUCGUUCAUGCGUGCUUGUCACUAUGGGCUCAAAAAACAUCAUGUUUGAUUGUGGUAUGCACAUGGGUUACUCUGACCAUCGCCGUUUCCCAGAUUUCACCUAUAUAUCUAAAUCUGGUGAUUAUACCAGCAUGAUUGACUGUGUCAUCAUUUCACACUUUCAUCUGGAUCAUUGUGGAGCUCUGCCAUACUUUACAGAGAUAUGUGGUUAUGAUGGACCUAUUUAUAUGACUGGCCCGACAAAGGCAAUUGCUCCCAUUCUUUUGGAAGAUAUGCGCAAGGUGGUUGUCGAGCGUAAGGGGGAAACCGACUUUUUCACAUCUGUCGACAUCAAAAACUGUAUGCAAAAAGUGAUUGCUGUCAAUCUAAUGGAAACAGUUCAAGUGGAUGCCCAGCUUGAGAUUCGACCUUAUUAUGCGGGCCAUGUGCUUGGAGCAGCCAUGUUUUAUGUGCGUGUAACGGAUGGAUAUGGAGUGACUCAGUCUGUGGUAUAUACAGGCGAUUACAAUAUGACACCCGAUCGGCAUUUGGGUGCUGCUCAGAUUGAUGGCUGCGAACCUGAUCUGAUUAUUACAGAAACAACAUACGCAACAACCAUCAGGGAUUCUAAACGAGCUCGUGAACGAGAUUUUUUAAAAAAAGUGCAUGAUUGUGUGAGUGGUGGGGGCAAGGUCUUGGUUCCGGUGUUUGCACUAGGUCGUGCUCAAGAGCUUCUUAUACUUAUUGAAUCGUAUUGGCGGCGUAUGGAUGAUUUAUGUGACAAGGUUCCCGUAUAUUUUUCAACCGGACUCACUGAGCGUGCCAACGAAUACUACAAGCUUUUUAUUUCUUGGACAAAUGAAAAUGUCAAGUCGGCGCUGGUGGAACGAAACAUGUUUGAUUUUGCUCAUAUUCGUUCAUGGAGCCAUUCCUUUGCCGAUGAGCCAGGGGCAAUGGUACUGUUUGCUACUCCUGGAAUGUUACAUGCGGGAACUUCUUUGGAAGUAUUUAAAAAGUGGUGCCACGAUCCAAAAAAUAUGAUCAUCAUGCCUGGAUACUGUGUAGCUGGAACGGUUGGCGCCAAAGUGCUUGCAGGUGAAAAAGUCAUUAAUGUGGAUCGCUUUACAAAGCUAAAUGUGAAUCUCCAAAUCAGCAACUUGUCGUUUUCUGCCCAUGCAGAUGCAAAGGGAAUUUUACAACUUAUUCGUGCAUCUAAAGCCAAAAAUGUCAUGCUUGUUCAUGGCGAAAAGAAAAAAAUGGCUCAGUUGAAGAUUCGCAUUGAGCGAGAACUUGGCAUACCUUGUUUUGACCCAGCAAAUGGUGCAGCAAUCUGUAUUCCCACCAAACUUGAAAUUCCAGCGCUUGUUUCUAAACUACUGGUUUCAAAA